AUGAAGGCUGAUAGGAGAUCACUACAAUUCGACUUAGGAUUUAACCAGUUUCUUAAGGUUGCAUUGGAUAAUGCUAGGAGCCCCAAUGAUAUACCUUGCUCUUGCUUAAAGUGCCAUAACAACCGAUUUGGUAAUAUACAGUUCAUUAAAGAUCAUGUCUAUUUCAAUGGUAUAAUGCAAAACUAUACUCGUUGGAAAUGGCACAGAGAAUGUUCUUAUGCUGCCAGACAUUGUUUGAGUGAGGGUUCUGAAAUAGUAGAGCAGAUUCCUGAUUUAGGAGGAAAUGAAGAUGUAGGUGUGCUCAGUGAUGAAGAUCACAAGAUUUUGCCAGACUCGAAUGAGUUUAUGCAGUUCGUAGAGGAUGGAGAUAAGCCUCUAUAUCCUGGUUGUACCAAGUCAACCAAGAUGAAUGGUUUGGUACAAACAUUCAAUCUAAAAGCAAAACACGGAUUGUCCAAUUCUUGCUAUACAGACAUUUUAAUAUUGUUCCAUACCCUGCUUCCUAAUGGGAAUGAAGUACCAGGGUCCAUCAAUUUGGCUAAGAAAACUCUUUCCACAUUAGGGAUGAAGUACGAGAAGAUUGAUGCUUGUCCAAAUGACUGCAUCUUGUAUAGAGACCUAAAUGUUGAUGCUAAAAAAUGUCCAUCUUGUAAUGCAUCAAGGUGGAAACUAGCGAAGGACGGAUCAGAGAAAGUAGGGGUGCCGACGAAGACAUUGUGGUACUUUCCACCCAUCCUAAGGUUUAGAAGGAUGUUCUAA